AGGCUACAGGAUGAACUGGACGUAAUGAACGCCUAUCAUGACGUUAUAGCCAGCCAAUAAUGUGUAAUGUGUCUGUCAUAGCCUACUGUCAGUAUCAGUGUGUCUGCAAAACAAAACAUUCGGCGGCUUGAGUCAAACUUGCGUGACGGAGAAAAGGGUUGAGUUUUGGCCUCAGGCACCAAAGCAAACACUCAAGCUUCGUUACCACUCUGCGAUGGCACUGAACGGGAAAGUAGCAGUUGUUACCGGUGGCGCGCAAGGUCUGGGAAAAGGCUUUGCUGAAGUUCUUCUGAGACACGGAGCUAAGGUGUCCCUUUUUGAUGUGGUUGAAGACUCGGGUAACGCCACUAAGACUGCCUUUGACAAAGAAUUCGGACCAGACCGAACUUUGUUCUGUGUUUGCGAUGUGACCUCUGAAAAACAGUUCACAGAUGCUUUCCAAAAAACCGUGCAGACGUUUGGUGGCAUUGACAUCGUUUGCAACAACGCGGGAAUCAUAAACGAGACGGACUGGGAGAAAACUGUGGCCAUCAAUCUGAGUGGCGUGAUCAGAGGGACCUACCUGGCUGUAGAACACCUGAAGAAACAGAAUGGGGGCAGAGGGGGCGUCAUUAUCAACAUCGCCUCAAUGGCAGGUCUUGGUCCUCUCCCAACAUGUCCUGUCUACACUGCUACCAAACAUGGGGUGGUUGGCUUCACCAGAGCCAUGGCGAUGGCCUCAGAAUAUGGCGGUUACGGUGUGCGUCUAAACAUGAUCUGCCCCAUAUUUGUGCGGACGGGGCUGUUGUCUUCUCUGGACAAGGAGGAAAGGGCUGGAGAUUUUUACCACCUCAGAGAUGUCAACCAGAAAAUCAUGGAGAGAUUCGGCACUCUUGAGGUGUCUGAUGUCGCCAAGGCGUUUGAGAAGCUGGUUCUAGAUGAAAGCAAAAAUGGAGCUGCUCUCUACGUCAAAACGGAGGGUGCUGAUUAUGUGAAGUUUCCAACUCAAGAAGACAUAGAAGAGAAAAGCAAACAGUAACAUACUAACUCUCUUACUCACACACGCACAUGCACAGCCACACACACUAACCCUCUCACUCACACACACACAUGCACAGCCACACACACUAACCCUCUCAAUCACACAC